UAGUUGGAAAACAGUUUCCACUUUAAAACUGAAACCAUCAAGGCAUGACCAUGGAAAGACAUUAACAUGCACCGCUCAAACUACAGAGAGAGAGACUUCAGAUCAUGUUACUUUAAAAGUAAAAAGGGGGAUGCAUUCACUGGACUGGACAUAUACAAUGCCCAGCAAGAUCACAGGUCUCCAGGGCUCCUGCCUGGUCAUUCCAUGCAGCUUUGAUUUCAAAGCAGAAAAACAUAGCAAUGUUAAGGUGAAAUGGUACCUAUACUCUACAACAGAGUACCCUUUAGUGUAUGGCCCAGAUAAUGAGGAUGUCCUCAGCAAAUUCAAUGGCAAGACAAGACUAUACGGAUUGCCUAGUGAGAAAAAUUGCAGUUUGGAAAUAAAGCAACUUGAUAUGCUCCAUAAUGGGGAUAGACUGUAUCCCUGGAUUGAUCCAAAACCAGUUCAGUCAUUUCACAAGGAAAAUUACUAUGACAAAUCUAUUGAACUCCAAAUAACAGAACAAGCCCUUAAACCAAAACUAAAAAUUACUGGCGUACCAAGAGUGGGAGAGCAAGUCACAGUGUCCUGUAGUGUCCUGCAUACCUGUCCGCCCAAUCCUCCAAGUCUGUCUGUGGGGAAAGCACUUGGGACUGACAUCACUGUACACACUCCAGUAGAGAAUGGCUUUUGGGAAACCAUCAGGGUUCACUCAUUUAUAAUUAAGGAAGAGGAGCAAACUGUUACAUGUAAAGCCACAUUCCAUAGUGGACAGACAUCAGAAGCACAAAUCAAUCUCAAUGCUCAGUGUACCUAUAAGGAUAUAACCAUUGAUCCUGAGGUGGCUGAUGUUGUGGAGGGUGUUGGGAAUAACUUUACGUGCACAGUUUUCCAUUCCUGCAAGGGUCAGCCUCCAGUUUUCACCUGGAACUACAAAGACAUGCCAGACACUGUGGGGACUAAAAAAGGCCCAUCAUUAACCUGGGCCACCUACUCCAAUGCAUUAUAUAUAGCUUCAAUGGAGGAUGAUGGCAAGAAACUGACUUGCACUGCAACAUUUCCUGGUGGAAAGAUCACAACUUCCAUUGUUUUACAGGUUCAAAGAUACGUGCCAAAAGUGGUGGAUCCAUUUGAGAAUGACACUGUCCAUGUUUUCGAGGCAAAUGUCGCGCCUAGGAUCAGUGCUUUGACCCGCUCCUGUGUAGUGAUACCCUGUACUUUCCAGACUGGUGACAAAUUCAUUCCGCGCCUUCGAGGUCUGUGGUACACCAGUGAGGGCAAAUAUGUUUACCACACUGGACAAUCCAAUGUUAUGGACAACUUUAAGGGCCGCACAAAGCUUCUGGGGAAUCCAGAUGACAAGAACUGCACUUUAGAAAUUGAUAAUGUUCAAGCUCAUGACAACGGGCCAUUCUGUUUCCGUGCGGAAAAAGGCAACGAUAAGUACAGCUUCAACCACAGCUGUGUGUUCAUCAUCAUGAAAGCAUCUCCAGACAAGCCUGUGAUAUCGGCUCUUCCUGAGAAGAUGGAGCCAGGAAAGCGAUUCACAAUAAACUGUUCUGUCAAUCAUACAUGUUCCUCAUAUCCCCCAACUAUCACAUGGAAUGUUCCGGCUGCCAGAGAAGUGGUGAGCCACAUGGAGAGAAGUGCAGGCAAAUGGGAAACAACCUCCACAAUUACUUUCAUCCCAACAGGCUAUGAAGAAGUAGAAAAUCUCAUUUGUCGAGCCUCUUUCAGGAAGGGAAAGUACGAAGAUAGCUCAACCUUACUGAGUGUGAAACGAUUUGAAGGACUGGGUAUGGACAGCAUAGGACUUUAUAUAAUUCUGCCUUUGUUUACAUUAUUGCUUUUUUGUAUUGUUGCGGGAAUCAUUUGUAGAAGAAGAAUCCAGAAGAAAACUAGUGAUGAACCAACAACUGAAAGAAGAAGAGGUCCAGUGACCAGUACAGAUCUGACAGUGCAGUACAAAGUAAACAAUGUCAGUGCAGCAGCCACAUCUGCAGGAUAUUCAGACCCCCACUUUCCAUCACCAAAGAGUGAACCAAAGUGCUACAUAUCAGGUGGUGGUAACUUAGCACAUUAUGAUGAUGAUUACACCAACACUGCAGAUUUCAAAAGGCAUCGGAAAAUGUAAUCAUGACAGGGGAGUCUAUGCAGAAGGAGUGAAAUACUAUUGUUUUUUUCUAUAAGACUUGGCUAGUUUGGAUCUUAUGCAGUUUUUAAGAGUAUUGUUUUUUUGUAGGAUAAUAUUAAGACAAAGCAAUGGUUACUGUAGCAGGUGUUUUGUGAUGGCAGAUAAAAUAGGAAAAGAAUGAAAUGAUAUUGAGAUACUGAGAAUAAGAAGAUAUUUCAAUGUAUGUUAUUCAUUUUGUUUUCAGAUGUCCUGUAUGUAUGAGUGUUGACAAGGUAUAAAUAUAAUAUACAUCAUUAAUAUACACAAUUUUAUAGCAUAUUGCCUCUGACAGCUUCUUUCUGUAUUAUGUUAUAUACACGUGGAAUGAGAUUGUGUGCUGAAUAAAAAUUGGAAUAUUAGUUAGUGGCUAAUUGAAUUAUUCACUCACAGUAAAAAAAAAAAUUAUUCAUACAUAAUAUGAUUUAUAUUACUUUUAUGAUAAUAUUACAGUGUUUAACAAAUUUACAAAUUACCACCACAUCCAUGUCAAACAUGUAGAUGCUUGCAGUACAUAUAUAAGAAUCAUGGUGAUGGUGCAUAUCAGGGGUUAG